GAAGAAGAAAUAAAGUAAACCCCUUGUAAAGUCGCCAUUUUGCGAUAGGUGAACAGAAAGAAGUUAAAUAUAGUUUAAUUUUAUCCAAAGUCAUCCGUCCUCAACUCAAUUUAAGAAGGAUUUUUCUUUCUUCUGUACACCCAAUCGAACGGACCAAGAAAUAGGGUUCGUUCUAAGGGUACUGUUUCAUCUAAAUGGUGCCCUGCAGACAGCAUGUCUACAUUGUCAGGGAUUGCUCCGAAGGGGGAGAAAGGACGGCCAAAAUUUCAAUCACUAAAUAUAAAUACUUUGUAUAGAGGAGAAUCUUUGGAAACACACCAGCAGAAAAAUGUGCCGCACCAACGCAAACAUGGAAUGCAGAACUUGGGUAAGAUACCAGCAGCUCGGCGCGCGCCGGCCAACCUGCCCAGCUUGAAGUCAGAGCACAGCGGCCUAGACCCCGCCUACAGUCUCGUGCCCACCGGCGGCCCAGGAUGGGGCAGCAAGCCCGGCGAGACAGGUCCACCCCCACAAACGCCACCUGGGGGCGGCUCCCACGAACCGAACCACACCUCACCAAACACUCAGACAACAGCAGUCCAAUCAGCAUCGAGCGGCAGCAACGCAGCUGUGACGAACGGCGGUGCAGUCAGCGGAGGCGGCGUGGCACCGACCAGUGCCGCCCCAGCAGCCGCAGUGCUGCCUCCCUCGUCCUCCUCCACAUUGGCCGCCUCCAGCCCCGGCCAACCGCUGCCCCCGCCUGCCACCGCCCCCAGUGCAUCCCUGCAGCAGCAGCCGACUGCGGCGGCGGCGACAGACAAGUCGUGGAGUGCUGUGACGUCGACGGCCACCCCAGGCGGCCCGGAUGCGGUGCCCAGCUAUCUGGCACAUCAGUCGCCGCACUUCCAGGCACAAUUUCCUUUACUGCCGGGCGAGACACCACCGGGAGGUGUGAGUGUAGGCCCGACCGGGCCUGGCAAACCGGACCUCACAAACCCGUUCGGGGCGGGCGGACCGAGUCUGCGACCACAGACCGGCGAUGCGAACUGGAGCCGGGGGGGCGCGGGGGGCGGCGGAGUUGGCAGCCAGACGCCAUCUGCAGUUGUCCAGGGCCCCCUGCUUGGGGGCGGCAGCAGCAGCUCGGCCCCCUUUGGGGUGGCAGGGGCCCAGGCAGGCCCCCCUCACAUGAUGUCGCAUUUGCGCGGAGUUUUGCCGCCUUUUAUGUUGCGGCAAGCAGGACCAUUUCCGCCGUCGUUUCAAGGUGGCCCCGGGGGUCCCGUGCAUGGGCCCUCGCGCCCACGAUACCCCUACAUGCCUGAUGCUAGGAUGAUGGCUGGACCGGGAGGCGGUGGUGCGAGGCCGGGUGGGGGCGGCGGAGGUGGUGGCGGCGGCGGUCAUGAUGCUGAGGAGGUGGCUCAGCGGCCGAUCAUCAAGGAGGAGGAUCUCAACCGGAUGGACGACAUUGCCCGCGAUACCGGAUGGGCUACUCAAGAUGACAUCGACUACAACCAAAACCUGGCAUUCAGCGACGACGAGACAAACGCGGACGACGACAGUGCCGCCCAGAAGCAGUCGCAGCAGCAGCGCAGCAAACAGUCGCCUGCAGGCGGUCGUCGCGACGCCGCCGACACGGACCGCGAUGCCGACCGUGGCCCGCCGCCUUCACGUGCUGCUGACGCCAUGGAUCAGCAGCCGCGACGUGGCGGGGAUGACGAUGAGCGCAAAUGGCAGCAACAGCAGCAGCAGCAUGGAGGCGGCAGGCAGCCUCCUGCCAACGACUAUCACGGUGGAGGCGGCAACUUCACAUCGCCGCCCCUUAUGCGUGCUCCGGUCCAGGGUGGUCGAAUGAUGAGCACAGAGGAGGAUGAGAUGAGCCAGCUGAAGCGAGAGGAGGUGGCGAACUCGGUUGAGCAGGCGAAGCAGCGCGCCAAGCAGCGCAAGGAGGUGGAAGAGAAGCGCUACGAGGAGACGAAGCAGGCGGCCGCCAAGCUGCUGCUAGAGCUCAACGAGAAGGCGGCCAAAGCGGCGGGGGCGGCACCUGAGAUGGUGGCAGCGGAGGCGGCAGCCGACGAAUGGGGCGGCCGCUCCUCCAGUCGCAAGGAUGCACCUCAGCAGUCCACGGCUACAGCAGCCGCUGACAAUUUCAGACAAAUGACACAGAUUGGUGGAAGGAGAGACUUUGGCGGUCGUGGCCUGAGCGACAGAGACCGCGAACGCGACAGAGAGCGAGACCGCGACAGAGACUGGGAGCGAGAUCGCGAGCGAGACAGACUGCGCGAUCGCGACAGGGACAGAGAUAGGGACCGCGACAGGGAUAGGGACGUGGACAGGGAGCGCGAGAGAGACCGCGAACUGCGGCCCGAGAGGGAUGGAGGCGGCGUUCAUGGAGGCGGUGGAGGCGGCGCCAUGUUUGGAAAGCUUUUUGGCAAGCAGAUGCCGCCCCGCUUCCAGCGGCAGCAGCAGCAGCAACAACAGCAGCAGCACAGGUACUUCCAGCAGCAGACCUCCUGGUCCAGUGGGGGCAGCAGUGGAGGCGGUACAAGGCCUGGCCGCAACCGCACGGAAAGCGAGCUGUCGUCGGACCGCGAACGAGACGACGACCGCCGUGAGCCACGCAGUGACCGCCACACGCCACCCGAUAACUACGGGGGUGGAGGUGGAGGCGGCCCAGCGACGGGGGCGGCGCCCGAUGGCGGCGGCUAUUCGGCACCGCCAAGGGAGCAAAGGGACCGUGCGCCAUCCUAUGGAGGCGGCAAGUCCGGAGGCGGAGGCGGCUACUACAACGGCACAAAUGAGUUUGCAAGUGGUCGCGGAGGCGGCGGUUAUGGCGGUCGCAAUCAUGACUAUGAGUCCAGAAGCGAUUGGAAUGAGGCAGACAGAGAGCCGCGAUGGGAAAGAAAAAUGGACAGAGAAAGAAAUCGCGGUGGUGAUAGAGAUAGAGAACACAAGGAGUCCUAUUUCUACGAUUCACACAGAGAACCAGAAAACAAGAAGUCAAACGAUGGCUACAAGUCACACGGCAACCAAUCAUCGUCGCACCAGCAGCAGCAGCAAGACACGUUCGACGAGCGUAGCGACCGCAGCGACCGAGGCAACAGCGACAGAGAGCGAGGUGACCGCGACCAUCAGCCGACUACACGGUCGUCGCUGGAAGGCGACUGGCGCGAGCAUCGCGACACCUCGUCCAGCGAGCAGAGCGUCGGCAGUCGUCGCGAGCGACCACAACGACCCGACAGCCGUGACAGUCGGGCGUCGCGUGACUCGCGAAACUCGCGCGACAGUGUCGCCGCCGACUCGGCCAUGCUUCAGGGCGACUGGAACGACAGCUAUGAUAACGACACUCGCCAGCAGCCAAUGAGAAGGAAGGAGAGUCGCGAUAUGAUGCAUUCUUCAUACUCGCAGCAGCAGCAGCAGCGUACUUGUCCUAUUCCCGGCCCCAUCACAAAAGAAAAGUUGGAAGCAUCUGAAUCCAGAUCUGAUAUGAAACGCAGCAGCCUUAUACAAUUGGGAAAGAAAAGCGACCAAUCUAAUAAGAAAAAUGAGGGUAAACAGGGCGGCGCCCCAGACGACGUUUGGUCGGCACGCAGCAAUGCGGCUGCGGCUGCAGCGGCGGCGGCUGCGGCUGCGACUGCGACAGGGCCGCAGAGCGACACGACACAGCAGCAGCAGCAGCAGCGUACGUCACCCGGCAACCAAUCGUGGAGCAGUGCUAAUGCAAGUGGCAGUGCUGCCAGUGCUGCUGACCCCCAUUCGCCCGACUCCGCGGCUGAUCACGGCAACGCCAAUGCAAAUGCCAACGCAAAGGAUGAUGCCGAUGUCCAUCAAGUGGCCGACAGUGGCAACGACGGUGACGGUGCUUCAAGUGAGAAGCAGCAGCAGUCUCAUCAGCAACCACCUCUAUCCAAUCAACAAAAGACUGAUAAUCAGGAAUUAACUAGUAUUAAAAAGUCUGAUGACAUUGACUCGUCGAGCAUGAAUCACCGGCCAUCGUCGGGGGCGGACAACAAGGCAGGCGGUCGCGGGGGCGGUCGCAGUGGAGGCGGUGGGGGCGGCAGCUCGUGGGGUGGCGGCUCCUAUGUUGGAGGACGCCAGUGGAGCAGCCAGCGUGUUGGAGGCGGCGAGUCGCGCGGAGGCGGCAGACGAGGAGGCGGUGGAGGCGGCGGCGGCCGGGGCGGUGGUCCCAGGUCACAGCAGCAGCAGCGCAACUGGUCGUCGGGGGGGCCGGGGGCGGUGGCGGGGCCGGGAGGCAACUCGGAUGUGUCGGAUGCGUCGGCCGAUGAGGUGUCUGCCGCCUCCACCGAUCUGCAAGGUGGAGCCAAGGAUGACAAGAAUCGUCGCAAUGCGCCUAGGUCGCCAAAGCAAGGUAACCGUAGAAACGAAAAAGAUGAGAAGAAUAAUAGGGAGCGUGACAAUAGAGAAAGAGAUAAUAGAGACAGAGACAAUAGAGAAAGAGAUAAUAGAGACAGAGACAAUAGAGAAAGGGAUAAUAGAGACAGAGACAAUAGAGAUAGAGACACAAAGCAGCAACGAGAUGAGAAGAUUGCCAGCGGUGGUGACAGAGAAGGAGGGGGGAGACGUCCAAUGGACAACAAGCAGCGUUCCGGCGGAUACGAGGGCGGUCCCAGAAGUAUGGGUGGCGGCGGACGGGAAGGUUUUGUACCGCGCGGUGAACCAUCGCGUUUCGGCCGAGGCAUGAGCCACGGAGGCGGUGGAGGCGGUCGGUCGACUGGGGGCAGUGGGGGCGGCAGUAUCAAUUACGGACCGCCUUCGGCCAAGUUCAAGUCCGGUCAGGACGAGAAGGACAAGCCCUCCAAGGAGGAAGAACAGCACAACGACAUGGACAAGUCCAAGAGUCAGACCAGCAGCCAGGGACCACCUUCUUCCGCUAUAGGUCCAAGACAAGUGGGAGGCGGCAAACCGGCGCCAGCGGGGGCGGCAGUAGAUGGUGGCCGCUACCAGUCAAGAGGCGGCGCCAAGGAAAACGAGCAACGCCGUGGAGGCGGCGACCCGAGGAAGGGACGGGGUGGAGGCGGUGGUCGGGGACGGCAGGGAGACCAGGACCAGGAUGAGAUGUGGGAGGAGGGUAUGUCGGACGAGGGCCAGGAUGUGGAUGGAGGCGGCCGCAAGGAGGCGGCAGAUUCGCGGCAGCAGCGUGGAGGCAGCAACGCGUAUCACUCGUCGCGAACCUCUUCGGGUCGUGGAGCGCGCAGGACUGAGGGCCGAAGGGGUGGAGGUGGUGGAGGAGGCGGCGACAAGAGAAGCUACGACCGGUCGGGUUCGGACACGCGGUCCGGCCAGCAGGUGAUGAAUGGAGGCCGCGUCGGGGGCGGCGGCAAGGGUAACGGAGGCGGAGCCAAGGAGUCGGGGGCGGCUGACAAGAACAGCAACGAGUCCGCCCUCGCCGAUGCCACCAACCGCCGCAACGACUCCAACAAAGACAAGACCAACAAUCUAGAUGGCAUUGAUCUGUUGAGCUCCAGUGUGGUGGUAGUAGACGAUCAGCCAGGUGGCGCUUACCACGAGGGUGGGGAGGGGGGCGUCGAUGAUGAAGGCAAUUCGCUUUAUGCCGCAGACUCGGGCGCCGGCUUCAACGAGGUGCGCAACAAGAAGAACGCGGCCAAGCAACGCCAACAGAUGACCAACCAGAAGUCAGCUGAUCAACAGCAGCCACCGAGGGAGAGGGAACCAAGGGGCGGCGCCAAGAACAACGACCGCUACAACAAGUCCAACAAAGGUGGCUACGGAGGCGGCGGCAACUCGUCCAACUCGCCCACCCCACAGGACGGGGGCGGCGGCGGCAAGGGGCCGGCCAUGCGUGGAGGCGGCGGCGGCGGAGGUGGUGGACAGAACAGGGACUCCUCCUCGGGAGGCAGCAAGUCCUAUAACAGUCGCAAGAAGGUCGUCAUCCCCAGGUUCCAGACCAAUCAGCAGCAACAACAGCAGCAGCCCUAUGACGUCAGCGAGAUGAACAAGAUCAAUCAGAACGUGUCCAUGUUCAAUGUUAAAGAAGUUUCGGUGGCAGCUGCGCCUACGGUGAAUGCAUGGGAUAAGCCGAUGUCGCCGUCCAUCACUAUGGUCGACCAGCGACUGCAAAUGGCAACAGUCGGCUACAAAAAGGUCGAACCCAACAGCAAUGUUAUCAUGGACAAUUGUGUUGAAAUUGGAGAGCACGGCCAUUCAGGAGGCAGCAGUCAGAGGAGUAGUCCUGGAGGUAUGGGAGGCCAGUCUAGUGAGAAAAUGUUGAAUAAAUUGAGUCGUGAGGCGAUUGAGAAAUCAGCUGUAGAUGGAUCAAGUCCUGUUCCUUCUCUGAUAUUUGAAAAUACAAAUUUGAAAACCAACGCUGAUGCUGGAAAAUUGAAAUACAAGGAUACUAGAAUAAACAAAAAUAGAGACAGAAAGUUGGACGGUCUGGAAGAGUCGAUGGGCGGCUACAAGCAAGUGGCGGACGACGCCAAGCCGGACCCCAUUCAGAUGCCGCUGUCGUUCGGCAAGGACGACAAUGGCGCCGACAUUAAGCUGGACUUCCUGGAGUUGUCGCAGCUGACGGCGACUGAUGCGGCGGGCGACGCCAAGGUGGCCGCCGUCGCCAAGAUGUCGCAGCUCAUGCAACGCACGCAUGCGCAUGCACACCCGCAGCAACAGCAGCUGUCGGCGCCCUCGUCCUCCGCCGAGCUCGACCUCAAGAUACUAUCUGUCAGAAAGGUGUGGGAUUCAACGGUGAUGGACCACCACCACGGUGGUGGUGAAGAGGACAGAGGGGUGACGGGGGCGUUCCCGCCCAACCCCUUUGCCAACCCCAACCCCAACUGCGACGACCCCUCGCCCUACCAGGUCGGCAAGUCGGCCGCAGACGACAACGACCAUCCAUCGCCUGCUGAAACUGCCGCCCUUGUCUACAGUGUGAGUCAAAGCCAUGCUGUGUCUGGAGGUGUCAAUAGCUACGUGAAUGUGCAAAACAUGAUUAAACCUGAUGCUAUCAACUCAGUUUCUAGCCCAGUUUGCAAGCCGCAACCAACAGCUGCAGCGGCCGCAGUCGCAUCUGCUGCGCAUGCGCUAUCGCCACCGCCCCCCUCCCACGCCACCCAGGGCGGAUACAGCUCCAACACGCAGCAACCCAACUCGCACAUAUUCCAGUAUGCUGGAGGGAUGUCGGGCAUCCCAUCGCCACCGACUGUAGUGUACAACACUUCGCAGUCAGUGCCCAUGCCCAGUCAGACGGCUGAGAUCUUCCCACCUACAUUCCAAUUGAGCAAUCCGCCUGUGUUGAGCCAAUCCCGGUCGACAUUCUCGCCGUUCUCGCCCUACCAGUCUAUGUACUUUUCGACGGCGGCACCGCCCCCAUCGAGCGCCGGCCCGCCGCCGCCGCCCCCGGGCGCUGAACUGUACCAGUCCUAUGGCCAAAUGGGGCGGCAGAUGGGCCCACCACCCCCGACCGCCCCCACGCACGCCUUUGGCCAGCACUCGACCAGCAGCAGCACGUCGCAGCUGCAUGCUAUGCCGCCCCCGCCUCCCAAGCAGGUGCCGCCUCCGCAGCAGCCCAUCGGCACCAUUGGCAAUAAGGCCUACCAGACCACUGGCAGUCAGUUGUUUGUAGCGUACGAAUCGAUGCCGGCAGCGUUCAUGUCGGCCUCCUCACUGCUGCAGCGCUCGGCCAGUCUGGCGUCCACGUCGUACUACUCGCCAGCGGGCACCGCCCCUCCAGGGCCGCCGCCCCCAGGCCCACCGCCCCCGCAGCAGCAGACGGCGGCCACCUACUACCAGCAGGCGAGUGCCGCCCCGCCGCCCAAUGCGGCCACCGGCCAGCAGUACAGUGCCGCCUCCGCUGCCGCCGUCCAGUUUGGACAGUCGCCGCAGGGCGCCGCCUCCGGCAUGCAGAGUUACGGAUCGCCGUUGUUUCGCCAGCCGACGCCUUCGUCCUACCUGAAAUCGAGCGGCCUCACGCCGGCGCAGCUGAUGGGGGCUGGGGCAGGGGCGGGUGACCCCUCCAAGUCCCCCUCCACCAAUCAGAAUGACGUCAUGAAUUCCAUGUUCCAAGCAGCAGCGAUGCAGUCGCCCAAGUCGCGGCCGGUUGCGGGGGCGGUGGGUGUCGGGGUCGGGGGCGGUGGAGGUGGCAAGCCCCAGCAACAGCCCAGUCCCACGCAGACACAGCAUCACAAGUACUCCGCCUAUCAGGCAAUGCAGCAGGUGGCGGCCCAGCAGCAACGCAACCAGGCAGCCGUCGCGCAAAUGGGGGGUGGCAGACCCAGUCCGGUAGGAGUGGGAGUGGGGGUGGCGCCGCCCCCCCAGCAGCCCAAUCGCUACAACCCGACCAUCCAGCCCCCCAUCCAACGGCCCCCGGCUAACUAUCAGGUUGCCAAGAUGCAGCAACAACAACAGCAGAUGAACAACAGCAACAACAACAACGGCAAUAUGCAGCAGCAUCAUCACAACAAUGGCCGACUGCCGCCCCCGCAGAACAGACACCCUGGGCAGCAGGGAGGCGGCAGGCCGGGGGGACCGCCCCCGGGCUCUGCCUACGUCGCCAAAAUGGCGCCAAACAAUGCCAACUCGUACUAUCCUCAGCAGCCAGGCGGUAGCGUAAAAAUGGACUCGUCGGUGGAGUCGAAGACGGACAAAAUGGCGGACAAUUCAGCUGGAAAGGCUGACCUUACCAAGGAUGAAGCGACGGAUUGAUCCAUGUCAGCCGUCUUCACUCCAUUCCACUUCUACUAAUCCCACCCUCAUCAGUGUUUUGCCGCAUUCGUGCAUCCCUCAACACAACCUUUCUAUUGAACUCUCUAGAUUUGAAAGAAGGACACCCUUACAGAUUGAACUUUCUACUACAGAAAUGUAAUUAUUUGAAAGAAGGUGAACCUUUAUUCAUAUCAUGUCAGGCAUCUAUUGCAUUUUGUACCCUUUGUGUGAGGAAUAACUUUGAGGAUGACACCUUAUAGCUCGAACUUUCUAUUAUGGAAAUCUAGUUACACGAUUUGAAAGAAGGUAAACCUCACGGCUUGAAUAUCCUAUCAUGUCUGGUGUAGCAUUUCAUACCCUAUAUGUACGGAAUAAUUUGAAAGAGGAUGAAACCUUAUAGCUUGUACUUUAUGAUGGAGAUGUUACAUCUGUUCAUUACAACCAUGUUCCAACAUAACUGUCCUAUUGAAGGAAUAAUUUGAAAGAAGGUGUGAAACCUUAUUACUUGAACUUUCGAUGAUGAAAAUGUUAUGUUUAAUACAUGUUCCAAUAUUCUAUCCUGUUGUGGAAUAAUUUGAGAGAAGGUAUAAAACCUUAUUACUUGAACUUUCUGUGUUAGAAAUGUAAUGCCUGGCUAAUACAUUCUCACUUGAUAAAGAAUCAUUUAAAACAGUUUAACAUCUAUUAACUUGAUCUUUUCAUGAUUAUGUCUGACAAGUAAACUGUGUAAUAUCUUGUACUCUAUUUAAUAUUUUGAAAGAAGGUAUAAAACCUUGUAGCUUGAACUUUCUCUGAAGCCUAAAAAGUACACUCUGUGGCAUUUCCCUUCUCUUUGUAAUUUUUACAAGGUGCAUUACUACAGACGUUAUGGAAAAUAAUGCCCAUGAUUUACAUUGGGUAGCAUUUUAUUCCCUGUAUAUGUAAUUUUCAAGAUCUGUGUGACACGAGUUGAACUUCAAAACUUUUGUAGACUUCUUGAGCUACAUGUAACUUAAAAGUAAUUCUACUGUGAACUGUCUUGAAAUUGCAAGUACCUUGUUACAUGUGUACAUUGUCGUCUAACUUAUUGGUAUUGUCUAUCGCCUAUUGGAUAAUAACUAUGUUAAACCCGCCUUUCACGAGGUGGCAGUUUCUGAGAGAAUUGUUUUCUUCUCAUGCCAAUUUUGAGCAAAUAUAUGUGUAUUCUACUCAUCACGGUGUACAAUGGAUAAGUGUUAUUAAUUUAAGUGGAAAUGGUUUAGUGUUGGAGUGAUAGUGUACUGGAUAAAUUUAUACAAAAAAGGAUGAGAAUUCCAUUGAACUUUGGUUCUUGACAGCAGAUUGUGGAAUCUGAGUAUCCAUUUAAUAAGUGAUCGGUCUAUAGUGAAUAUAAUAUAUCAUAUGAGAUAAGGGAAAUUGAACUUAUCAUCUCUUUGUGUAUGUGUAUCAUUUCUUCAAUUUAGUACUAAAUGUCCUAUGGUGUGCAAAGUGGAUAAUCAAUUGAUUAACGCGAGGGUUCAUUGUAUCAUCAUAUUAUAAAUGUUACAUUAUUAUCGUCAAUCUGUGAGUUGUAAGAUGUGUCUAAUACCCUAAAAUUUGGCUUGAAAUAUAUAUAUGAAACCAACUGUUUUCAUUGAAAGUGUUUUAUAUAGUCUAUACAAUUUUAAUGCAAGUGUUGAUCCUUUCAACACUUGAAAUAAUAUGAUUACAAUGUCGAAUAAUAAUAAUAUUCGCUGUGUGUGUUUCUAUAAUGAAAAAAUAUCUUCCAGAAAAUCAUUAUUAUUUGUGUUGUGCAUUAUAAAACAACGGAUCUAGUAACAAUAAUAAUAUUAAUUGAAAGACAUUCACUUGGUUGAAAUGAACAAUAUUGUUUAAGUGCAGUGAUACUCCAGGUAUUCAUCUUUACAACUGCUACGGUUCUAUAUUAUAAUUUAUCGAUAAAUGUUUACUUUUUCAUUUAUAUGUAUGUAUUUACUAUUAUAGAAUAGAUAAAUAUUGCAAGUGGUGACUAUAUGUGAAAUGUUGGAUGUUUUAUUUUGCGCUUUGAAUAAUGUUUUGUACAUCAUAAAUAAUAGAUAAUAUAUAAAAGAAAGUUUAGGAAAGAAAUUGAUUUUUGCUCUUGUUUUUGUUGUCUCUGUUAUGAAUUUUGGAAUAUUCUAUAAGUUAGUGAAAGUCAAUUGAAAACUUAUAUUAUAAAUCAAUUUUGUUGUGAUUUGUCAUAGUGUCCGACCAUCGAUCGCGGUUUCGGUUGACUGCUGGCUUAAUCAAAUUAAGAAGCAAAUUUGUCAUAUUAUUACAGUGAAAUCUGUACGAGAAUCAGUGAUCUUUAACAGACUGUGUCUGUGGCUGUCACCAAAUUACAAUUAGAAAGCCGUAAAUCUAUCGAAGUAAUCUAUCUUUGUAUGUAUCGACUAUAUAUAUAUAUAUAUUUACUUGUUCAAAACCGCGAGUGCGGCUGCGGUCUAAAUGACAAAUCGUUAUAUUGCUGUAUUUGUUGAGUGUAAUGAAUGUUGUAUAAAUAUUACAAUGGCACAAACAGUGAUUAAUAAAAAUCGGUUCACUUAUAAAUCUACUAACUGUGUCUUUUAAAAAUUGAAGUUCUAUUUUUAAUGUAAAUGCUCCGUGAAAACGAGCCAUUUAUUUAUUUCGACAUGAAUUCGUUGGAUUUUCAAAUACAAUCUGCAUUAAUUAUGAGCAAUGUUUGAAAUUGCAAUGAACCUUGUCAUUGAAUGUGAAAAUUAUUGUAUCGUUUUCUAAUUUAUUUGAUCUCAUACAAUUCGAUAGAGAUCAUCUGUCUCACAAAAAUAUUAAUAUAUUCUUUUUAUUAGCAUUGUUACUAAAUCACACUCAUUCCUUGUUGAAACACUACCGGUACAGAACUUGAGUAUUAAUAAAGUUUGAAUGUCGCCUUGUAAGUAAAUUAUUGUAGACCUUUUUUUAAAAAAUACAUAGCAUAAACGAUUGAACUCUA